AGAGAGAGAGAGAGAGAGAGAGAGAGAGAGAAUGGAGUCUUCAAACAAACCACACCGGGCUCAUGUGCUAGUCCUCCCUUACCCCGCCCAAGGCCACAUAAACCCUAUGCUCCAAUUCUCCAAGCGCCUCGUCGCCAAAGGCCUCAAAGCCACCCUCGCCCUCACUGUCCACCUCGCCGGGUCCAUGCAUGCCAACCCCUCCUCCCCCAUCUGCCUCGACACCAUCUCUGAUGGCCACGACCUCGGCGGGUCCGCCCAGGCCGAGUCCCACGAGGCCUACCAGACUAGCCUCCGGGUCGUCGGGUCGAGGACCCUGGCCGAGUUGAUCCGGAAGCUCGACCGCUCCGGCCAACGCCUCGACGCGGUCGUCUAUGACGGGUUCCUCCCGUGGGCGCUCGAUGUGGCCAAGCAGUGUGCUAAGCUCGGAGUCGUUUUCUUCACGCAGACCUGCGCGGUAAAUGACAUAUAUUAUCAUGUGCAGCGUGGGUUGCUUCCUCUUCCGCUUUCGGGACCAAGUGUCGAGGUCCCGGGGUUGCCGCCUCUUAAGCCGUCGGAGACUCCGUCAUUCUUGUAUAAGCUGGGGACAUACCCUGCCUUUUACGAUAUGGUGGUGAACCAAUUUACGAACGUGGAUGAUGCUGAUUUUGUUCUCUUUGACACCUUCUAUGAGCUAGAGAAAGAGGUGGUUGACUGGAUGUCCGCCAACUUGUGGCCGCUUAAGACCAUCGGCCCCACCCUCCCCUCCCUCUACCUGGACAACCGCCUCCCCGACGACACCGCCUACGGCGUCAACCUCUUCACCCUGACCACCACCUCCACCGUCUCUUCCUGGCUCCGCCGCCACCCGCCCCGCUCCGUGGUCUAUGUCUCCUUCGGCAGCAUGGCUGGCCUUGACCCCUCCCAGUUCUCCGAGCUCGCCCACGGCCUUGCCCUUGCUGGCUGCCCCUUCCUCUGGAUUGUCCGAUCGUCCGAGCAGCACAAGCUCCCUCGAGAUCUCAUGGACUCGAUCCCCUCCGAGGAAGCCCUGAUCCUCCCGUGGUGCAAUCAGUUGGAGGUCCUUGCGAGUGAAUCAAUCGGAUGCUUCGUCACACACUGUGGGCUCAACUCAGUGAUCGAGGCGAUCUGCUUGGGGGUCCCGAUGGUGGCGAUGCCGCAGUGGACGGACCAGACGACAAACGCCAAGUUCGUGGAGGACGUGUGGAGGGUCGGGGUCAGGGCUAGGGCCGACGAGGCAGGGCUCGUAGGGAGGGAGGAGGUGGAGAGGCGCGUGAGGGAGGUGGUGGGAGGCGGAGAGAGGGGCAGGGAGAUGGCGGAGAGCGCAAGGAUGUGGAUGGCAGCAGCAAAGGCAGCGAUCGGGGAAGGUGGGAGCUCCGACCGGAACAUCGACGAGUUUGUGAAGGAGCUAAUGAGUCGUGCGUCGACAGAGUAGUAGAAGAAUCAAUACAUAAAAUUAAUUCGAGCAUUUACAUUAAAGAAGACAUGGCUUUGAGGUUGGUUAAAACUGCAAUAUGAGUUCAAUCCUCUCUGGUUGAUGGAUAUUGAAUUUACAAGAUGUGUAUAUGGAUGAAACUUUGAUUCGAAUUACACUGAAAAGGAGCAAAUUA